UGCCCGACAGUACAUCGGAGACCCCAGAAGAGUCCCAUACGUCAAUGGAGGUCCUGGGCGCUCCUUCCAUCAAGGUGGAAGAGAUACAGAGGAGAAUGACAGACAGUUUUUCUAGGAAGAUGCAGGAAUGGGAGCGACUCAAGUACAAGAGCAGUCCCGGGGCCCAGAGAGAACCCAGCCCAGACAUGGAGAGAAAGGGCAGCAAAGGAAGGAAAGAGGAGCGACAGAAGAGCAAACGUUCCAGAGAAGACAAAGAAAAGGAGAAAUUGGAGAGGCAGAGGGAGCGAGACAAACAAAAAGUAGAAAGGGAGCAAGUAAAACUGGAGAAGGAGAAGCUUCGUAUCGAGAAGGAGCGACUGCGAGCGUUGGAGAGGGAAGCCAAGCUUGAGAAGCUCAAGGGACGCCUCAGCCAGGCCGAGGUGGACUCUGCUGGACUUAGGAACCCGGUGCUCAGCCCUCUGGCCGAAUAUAAGGUGACUGCUGACUUUGCCAGAAAGCUGCACGAGUGGGAACUGAGAAAAGGCCUAUCUCAUGACGUCAGCAAUUCUAUCUACCUGGAGGCCCAGAAGUUGAGCAUGCAACACCUAAGACAAACAGGCCAGCAGUUAGAACCACUGUCCAAGUCGGACCCUGCCCCUUUCGAGGGCGGGGCUGAAGGGGGUGUGGCCAAAUCGGGUCCGCCCCCUCCCUUGAGCUUGAGCCCUUAUUGGGAUUCUCCGGAUGAGCGCUCCCCGGUUGAGAAGGAGUCUGAAGUCAGUAUAGGAGAUGAGGAGGACACGUGCACGAGCAUGACGGAGGAAUGCCUGACAAAAUCAAACAUCGCCAGAAGCAAUGCGAGCCUGGAACGCGCCAACACUCAGCUGUUAGAGGAGCUUCAGAAGAAGGAGAUGGAGUACGCUGCCGUGCAGGAAGAGGUCACCAGGGUCAACGAGAAGCUGGCCAAGGUCAGAGAGGAGCAUGCUACAGAAAUGGCCCGUUUCCACCGCGAGCUGGCCCAGGGCGCGUUCACCGGCCCGGUGAAGCUGGAGGUCGGGGAGUUGGAGAGCACCAUGGGAGAACUGGAGGAGAAGAUCAAGCUAAUGGAGAACUUCGGAGAGAGACUGGCUAUGUCCAUGGAGAGUGCUGCCGUGGGUAAGUGGCAGAGUAUAGAGGGUGAGGAGACAGUACACACCCAGCUAGUGGAGCUGGUGGACCAGAUGAGAGGCAUGCUUGUGCAGGCUACACAGUCAGAGGAACAAAGUCAGAAAUCCAUGGCGCUCUCCAACUUCGAGACAUUGUACAGCCAAGCCAUGAAACUGCAAGUUCAGAUGAACAACCUAAGGCUAAGUCACCUGGAGCGGAACCGUGAGAUCAUGCAGAUUAAAAGACAGCUUCUGCUGCAAGAGGUGAACAACUUGCUACUCCAGGCAGACAUCACCAGGCGGGAAACGGAGCUCUAUCAGUUCCAUGAGGCUAGAAAGUUCGCUUCUCUCAAGCGAUGGAACACGUUCAGUGGGACUGAGCGACAGAGGCCCCACGCCCAGAAUCCUCAAAUUCUCACAACAAAGGUGGAAAUUGCGUCAGCAGCGGCUAAAUCCACCAAGCCGCGUGAGACAAAGGUGAAGACCGGAGAGCCCCGCCCCAACAUUCCAUAUAUAGCAGAGGAUGUGAUCCUCGCUUCCGCCGCCAGCUCCUCCCUCUCUGCCCCCGCCUCGCCCUCAGCUUUUGCGGCGUCAGGCGGUGCAGUCAGCACUCCGACCAGCAGCCAACCACAUUCCAGCACGGCCGCGUCACGUGAGCGAUCCACCGACCACGUAGAGACGCACUUGUUGACCCCAUCUUUAGCAAGGCGAGAGAGGGAAGCGUUUCAACAGCCAGACCAGAAAUCUCAUCCAUCUCGUCAGUCGGAGCCACGGCCGAGACUGGAAGGCCAGUCCACGUUACAGCUGCCGCCGUCGGCGCCGACAAAACCCACGAGACUGUCCUCGGCGGAGGCGUCAUCCGUAUCGCCUUCCCCUUCACCGUCACCUUCACCGUCACCCUCUCCAUUGUCAUCAGCCGUUCCAUCGCCUCUUGCGACCACACCUACCACACCAACCACACCAGAGGGUGUUUCAGAACCCAAAGACUUGCAACAAAAGCCAGACUCUUCAACACAAGGCGGCAAGCCAGAGUCUGUUGUGGGCGGAGCCAGCAAAGAAGCUCUGCCCCUAAAGCCGUCAACCACGAAAACCGAGAUUGUUACCUUCUGUGACUCGGCCCCUCUGUACAGAGAGAUCGAGGAGCUGAAGAGGGCGAAAAGCAAAGUGGAAAGGGGGUCUCCCACUUUGAAGAAGAAAGAUGGAGAGGGUCCUUCUCCAGUCCCUUCCCCUGGGAGGGACCCCCGGCAUGGCAGCACCACAGAGACCCCCGUACCGACCAUUCCAAAACAGCGGAGUCUGGACAAACCCAGACUCGUGAAAGCUGUGUCGAUUAUGGACGAUGACUAUUCCCCAGCAGAGUCUGUGAUGAAGUGUACAGAGAGCCCGAGUGACGCUCAGUCCGCUCAACUAACCCGUGACCCCGAGCUCGGGCCGGCAGGGGCACCCACCAGCCACCUGCCCCCGAUAGCCGAUACUACCAGACGUGAUCUACCCCCGACCAGUGACCCCAGUAGAGCGGGCUCUAAAUCGCCCCGUAGCCCCGUAAGCAAACAGAAGCUUUUGCGAAGACAACGCGAAGAGAGAGACACCAAGCUGAAAGAAUACCGAGCCAUUUCCCCUAAAGGCAGUCCCGUAGCGGCAAGAGGUAAACCACCACUCCCCCGGCAGUCAACGCCGGUACGUCAGUCCCCAUCUGCCUCUCCUGCUGCUGAGAAAGGCCCACGCUCUAAGAGUGUAGGAGAUAUGGAACCAUCUGCACCCUCCGCACCCGAUUCGCCUAGUGUCAAACCAUUACAAGACGCCAUAAACAAAUUCGAAAAGCGGGCUACAGUCUGUGAAACCGAGGACCGACCGAUCGAAUUGCGCAAAACACCCAGCCCAACUUUACACCUCCCGCGUGUCGGGCUCGUCGCUCGAGUCCGGAGGCUCAAACCCGCAGCCGAGCUGCUUGAAGAAAGCCAGCGCUACAGGAGUGGGCACUCUAUUUAUGCCACUCGCAUCCUUCAGCGGUAUCUCCCCAAAGAAGAGCGAGCCAGACCAGGCCAAGCUCAGACGGCCUUUAACAAGGAGAAUGUUUCAGGCACCUAUGUGCAUGCCAUUGUCCAGCGCUUAUCUCGCGAAACAACACCAGUCAGAAGUGGCGCAUCGUCCAAGACCAACUCAGAUCUUUCGCUCCAAAGAACUGACUCACCGCGGACUCAGUCAGAGUUUGUGACAAACAUAGUGCGUCAGUUAUCUUCCACCAGCAGCACAGAAGCUCCAAAAAGCCCAACGGCUCCUUUCAAAGAUCUUACUAAUGGAGGACAGGUUAAAAAAUUAACCCAGGCCUUUGAUGGGCAGAAGACUAAAGCUUCUCCAGAGCGAACUUUAUCGGAUACGGACAUCGAUCGACAUCCAGACAGGCCGUCCACAGCUUCGGUCUCAAAAGCUCAACAGCGAAAAUCAUGCGAAGUUGCCAUGGUGAUGUCGUCAGAUACUUCACCUACAUCUGAGGCAUCUUAUCAGAUUGUAUCAACCCUCUCAGUAGCGUCGGACGACGAGAGUCCUUGUAGACCUGAGGUUAGAUUCGCCCCCACCAACCACCAGUCUUUGCCCACCCUCGUGGUAGCGCCAGGAUCCCCACCUGCCAUCACAGCGGCUGAAGUGGCCGCCAGGGGCCGCGCCGCUACUUACUGCACCGCGGAGCCCGUGACAGGAAAACCACCAAGAGAAGUCGCAGGGGAAGAGCAAGCAGCUGCGAGUAAGCGAGCGAAGAGCAAAGAGAAAAAAGGUGGAAAGUCAGGCAGAGGGAAGAAGGGAGAAUCGGGCAGACUGCCUUCUUCAUCUCUAUCCCCCGAACGACGUAGCGGGGCGGGCAGAGGCAAGAUGGGGACUGUCGGGGUUCUGUGCAAACAGUCUAUAUCCUUCGACCUCGGAGUCUCGCUGUAUGCGCAGAGAUCCCCGGAAGAAGAAGAAGAAGCUGCACAGAAAUCUCGGAAACCUCGCAGUUGGGACCCAAGUGAAAGCGUAAAAGCAGAAGCAGAAGCAGCAGCAGCAGCAGCCGCAGCAGCGGCGUCACCAUCGCCUAUAGAGAUGCCAUCUACGUCAUCUGUGGCCAGCACGUCGUCUGCUGCAUCGCCUCAGGCAGGCACCGGAUCUAGCGCGGGAAGACCGGUGUCUUCCGGCUCUGAGGGGGAAAUGGUUCCGGGAUCGCCAGGCGCCGAGGAAAAGAAAAAAUCUCGGCGAUUUCUCGACUCCAGCUGGUUACAGAAAUCCAAGAGAUUUUUCAAAGUUUCGAAGUGAACACAACGUGGCUGGGACCAAGCGGAAGUCAACGUCAUCGCAGCACCUGUGAGCACUCAAGGAGGUUUCUCCAGGCGUCGCAGGUGCGGAUGGCGCAACCAGUUUGUGCGGGUACAGAAGUAUUGACAACGCCCCGCCAUUCAGACCACGGGAGGCAACCCAGGAAAUUGCCUCUCCUGUAUUAGGGCGACCCCAAUAUCGCCCCCUGACUACAGCGCCAAGUGGAUUAGUAGAGGACUGAGGAGAGUAACCUUGAGACAGCACAUUCCAUCAUUGCACAUCUGAAUUCGAGAAGACGUUACAGAACCUUCGAAAAUAUUUUUUAAACAGUUAUCACGGAUAACUUUAAAAGUCUCCGAAAGAGACGUUUCUUUUACAGUCAUGACAUUCUCGAGUUUAGAAAGUUAUAUUCCUAUACUAGGUGAUGAGCAAGGUUAUACAGAAAAAAAACAAGUUAUAUUUAUUGUUUUUACUAUGGCAAUUUUGCAGUCAACCGAGAGUUGGAAUACUCAGCGUUGCGGAAUCCUGUUUGGUGGCUGAGUUGGUCAGUUAAAUGGUCAAACCCGGGGUGGCGUCCCCAGACCAGCCCGGCCACGUCACCACGUGUCAUAUGUGUCUGUCAGCUCGCGCUUUUUGUGUAUGUCUGUCAUCAAUGUGUCUGUUGGCGUGUGUGAGGAUUGUCAUGUCGUCUAUGCUCUCUCCAAUUUCACUACAAUUCGUUUUAUCGUAUUUGGGCUAUGAACUAAGAAAAGAAAAGAAAUGCUUAAAAUACAAAAUUGGUUUUGAACGAAACAGGUAAUAUUUAAGAACAAUAAUGUCAUCAAAAAUUGAAUUUCUUUCCUCUCUUUUUUUUUACAUGGAAAGAGUGUUUUACAGAACCUUAGAUUUAAAUCAAUUUAAGUUGGAGACUGCACCUCAGUAGCAAAUAUUGUAUCGUUUCUUCUAUUCUAAAAUCUGUGUCUUGUUUUACGUGAGCUAAGAAUACUUUGUGGUCACUUCAAUACUUUGGGAAAUGGGAGGGGGGAAGAAUCAGGCAACUUCUUUGCUUGCCUGGUGGUCCCAGAAUGAUGGUUUCUCUCUUGGGCACAUACCCCAGCGGUCCAAUACCGUGCUCACCUCGCUCAAUAUUUGUUUCUCAACUUUUGAACAGGGCACAGAAUCUUAACUUUUAGAUUUUCUCAAUAAGUGGCUUACAUGGGAUUAUUGAAUCUUUAAUCGGUCACACGUUUUGACCGUCGCCUUAUAUUUAACAAUCGUUAUAGAAAUUGAUCGUUCUCUCGCCAUCAUGCUCUGAGCCUUACUGCUAUCAGAGGAAGCAAAGUAGAUAGGAACUGCUCCGGCUGUUUCCCCCUCAGGGCAGCUGAGAGACCCAAAAACUGUUUAGCAAUGUGAGUGGAGCUCUAGAGAACGCACAGGACUUUGAUCAAGAACGGAGAUCAACUAAGUCAUUUGACCUCAACUACACAAUCCAAAAAGGCAGCAGCAUUGUAUUUUAUGUGCUAAUACGUUAUGCCUUUAAGCACUAUCAAUGCAAUUUUACAAUCUUGAAGAAUCGCAACCUUAUAAUAGCAACUAUUUAGGAAAGGCUGGUUUUACAUUGUAUAAUUCACAAAUUGAAAGCCAGACUUAAUAUUGCAGAUAAACUUGUUCAAUUAUGCAGCUGUGAUUUCAGCUUGAUAAUCAGACAGUUCAUCUGAUGGUCGGUACCAACUUUUAUAUCACCAUUUGCUAACAGCUGUUCAUAUAAAUAUAUCAAAGACUGUAAGUAGUGAGAGGUCAAACUGGCAUUGCUUCUCCGUACCGGGAUAGACUUGGAGGCGGAAAUACAGCAGACAGCACAUAAAACAAACCCAGACAUUUUCUCAUGUCCGUACAAAGUUUCUUCCCUCGUUCUGAUGGUAUUUGAUAAUGUGAAAUUUACUUUUUCUGAUGAAUGUAUCAAAAUUUAACUUUCACUUUUGCCAUAAUUUCUUAUCCUGAACGAAAACAUUACCUAUUCUGGAUUCAACUUCACAUUUGAAUUUGAGAUUAAGAUUUUUAAAUUUCAGUAAUUUUGUGUAAAUAUUAUUCAAUCUGCUGUACAUGUUAAUCUGUCUAUACGCCAAACUAGCUGAGUGUACAGGUCUUUGUAGUGAGCGCAGGGAGGGGUGAUGUGCAGACGAACUGCAACCGCUAUUUAUUUUUAUUUUGCAAGACGAAUAUUUUUAAACUUUGACAGUAGUAAAAAGAUAAUAUAUAUGCAUACAUUUAGGUUGAAAUUAAGACUGGCUAACUGUUUCUGAGCCUCGGAAUUUGGGGAUUUAAAGAAGUGGUAACAAUUUUUAAGUUUCUGUCCCACAUGAAGGGCAGGGAUGUUUUAUGUGCCAAUGGACUUUACUGCAGCAUUUUUAACGUGCAAUAUUUCUGGACUGUUUUGUUUAUUUAUUUAUUUGAUUUGGGCUUCGAGUUAAGUAAACAAGCUUCGACUCGAGCCAAGGUCAGUUCUGCCAGGUCACGGGACUUUGUGUGAAUUGUAAGCAGCUGCUGGAUGGAGUCACUUAGUCUGUGCAGAACUGAUCUUCCCUUCUCAUGAUUAUUGUCUCGUUUCUGUCUACCUCGAGCUUAUAGUUUUGUUCAUCUUUUACUGUGAUGAGCCCCAUGCCGGGUUUCAUUGUCUGAAGCCGCUAGUCUUUUUUAUCUUCAUCACUUUUUGCUGGGUUUCUUUGUCUACUCCCUAACUUUCUCUUUUUUACUAUUCAUGCACCUGUGUUUCUGGUAACGCACAAAUGACAGACACACAAAAAACUAAAACAGACAUACUCACACACAAACACGCAAGCGCUGUCACGCGCACACAACUUGGCAUGUACGAACAUGCAUUGACAUACAGGUACAGAUACAAAAUACCCCCAUAGUACACAAUACACCUGGGCACACAAUCUGUGUCAACUAGUUUUGAAAGAAAAAUAAGCAACCAAAUUAUUAUACAAUAAAAAUGAAUCGUUGAAUAAUCUUAAGCAGCACGACCACAUAAAGGGUCAUAAGAAAGAAGCAACAACACAACAAGAGCAUCAGAUGCUAGACCAUGACAGGAGCUGUCACCUUGUGACUGUGUGAGAAUUUGAUUUACGCCAUAUUUGUUUGCGCAUCUCGCCCUUCUAUCGUGCAGACCAAAAUGUCUGUGAAUGUCUGUAUUAAAAUGUGAAAAAUUCUUA